AUGCUUGCAUCAGACAAGCACAGGGACUACGGCUUCCUGCAUAUACCAUUUACUCCCUCGACCUCUAAAAACGUCCCUCACUUCACCCCGGCCCAGCGCCGUCAGCCGGCUAUCCGCCCAGCGACUCUGUCUACCACCUUGUCCCCGCGACCUCAUGUGGUCCGCGACGCGAACACCGGUCUCGAGACGACUGCGCCAACCAUCGAGUCCAAGGGACCUAGUCCUGUCGUGACGAGCACGUCGCACAAGAAACGCCUCUUUCCUCUCCACCAACUCACUAUUGGAGACUCCUGA